CUGCUCCACUGUACGUCACAACACUCUCGUCCAGUCGUCGUCGUCUCACUGCACUGCGGACAUUAACAACAGUGCAGAGCAGAAGCAAACUUCUCGUGACACACAGUUCCCAAAGAUCCGUCUCAUUCCGCAACCAACCCUUUUGCAGCUGGCCAGAGUCUUGGGAUCGGAAGUCGGAUUCGAGCUGUUCUUGCUUCCCUUUCUCCGGGUUCUUGGGAUUGGAGAUUCCAAGUUCUUGAUCAGGAAAUCUCUUUGACUGGGCAAGUGUUUACUUUUGGAUCAUUUGAAGCUGCGCGCGGCUACAAAAGCUCGGAAUCUCCAUAAAAGCGCUUGCUUUCUUGAUUACGAGGCUUAUUGUCUAUAGAUGGACUCUUCUCGCUUGACGAGCUUGAAGCCCAAUGCUCUCCCAAGAAGUCGUCGUGGGUGCUUCUGGGGUGAGAGUGUCAGAGGGAGUUGGAAGAACAGUAACCGAUUCGGGACUCAGGGAUUGACAGCUCCGAGUAAUGAGAAGGGCUUUAAGCAUCUUAAGGCAGGGGCUUCUGUUGUUCGCUCUGUUCUCACUUCGGACUUCGACACCGAGAUCACGAAAUUUCAACCCCCUGAACUGGAGACCCCGAAAGCGGACCCGAAUAAGGUGGCUUCGAUCAUACUGGGCGGAGGUGCAGGAACUCGCCUCUUUCCACUCACUAGUCGCAGGGCAAAGCCAGCGGUCCCUAUUGGUGGAUGCUACCGAUUGAUCGAUAUUCCAAUGAGUAAUUGCAUUAACAGCGGUAUAAGAAAGAUAUUCAUCCUAACGCAAUUUAACUCCUUCUCCCUCAAUCGCCACCUGUCCCGUACUUAUAAUUUCGAUAAGGGCGUCCACUUUGCUGACGGCUUCGUAGAGGUUCUGGCAGCAACUCAGACACCAGGUGAAGCGGGAAAUAGGUGGUUCCAAGGAACUGCUGAUGCUGUUAGGCAAUUUAUAUGGGUUUUUGAGGAUGCAAAGACCAAGAAUGUGGAGAAUAUUGUGAUCUUGUCGGGUGAUCAUCUCUACAGGAUGGACUAUAUGGACUUUGUGCAGAAGCAUAUUGAUACAAAUGCUGAUAUUACCGUUUCAUGUGUUCCGAUGGAUGACAGCCGUGCAUCGGAUUAUGGACUGGUGAAGAUCGACAGCACUGGCAGAAUAGUUCACUUUGCUGAGAAACCAAAGGGCAAAGAUUUGAGAGCAAUGCAAGUUGAUACGACUAUCCUUGGGCUAUCAAAGCAGGAUGCGGCAAGACUCCCAUACAUCGCUUCGAUGGGCGUUUACGUGUUCAAGACGGAAGUGCUGCUGAAGCUUCUGAGGUGGACCUAUCCCUCUUGCAAUGAUUUUGGCUCUGAAAUCAUUCCAUCUGCGGUGAUGGAGCACAAUGUCCAGGCAUAUCUUUUCAGAGACUACUGGGAGGAUAUUGGAACAAUUAAGUCGUUUUUCGACUCUAACCUGGCACUGACAGAACAGCCUCCCAACUUUGAGUUUUAUGAUCCUAAAACGCCCUUCUUCACGUCCCCGAGAUUCUUACCACCCACUAAAGUUGAAAAAUGCCGGAUCGUGGAUGCAAUAAUAUCACACGGUUGCUUCCUCCAAGAAUGUAGCGUCGAACAUUCUAUUGUGGGCGUGCGCUCCCGUUUAGAUUAUGGUGUCGAGCUUAAGGAUACUAUGAUGAUGGGGGCAGAUUACUAUCAGACUGAAUCAGAGAUAGCUGCUGCCCUAGCGGAAGGCAAGGUUCCCGUUGGCGUUGGUCGGAAUACCAAAAUAAUGAACUGCAUAAUCGACAAGAACGCAAGGAUUGGGAAAGACGUGGUUAUCAAGAACAGUGAUGGUGUUCAAGAAGCGGACAGGCCCGAGGAAGGAUUCUACAUCAGGUCUGGAAUCACAGUUAUACUCAAGAAUGCCACCAUUAAGGAUGGGACCAUUAUUUGAAACCCGAGAGAGCUCAUCAUGCGAUGAAGGUCGUCUUGUUCAGACCCAAAAGCCUGAGCUGCUGCUGUCUUACAGCGCAGUACUCAAUUUCCGUGCUAACUCCUCAGAGAAGGUAGAUUUCUCUAGACAGGGUCUGUAAAUGUAGUUCGGAUCCUUCUACUAAGUGAAAGAAGAGCCUGAUAGGCGGUAGCUGGUGACAUCACAUAGCUAGUAGUUCAUGAAUAAAAGAGAGAAUAUGUACAAUAUACUGACUGUGCGGUAAUAAAGGUUUAAGCUACAGCAGCAUAUAAUAUGAAAGGAUUCGCAUAC